UGGUUAGAUGGUUCUGUUCCAGUAAAGUAUGGUCUUAGACUUAACAUGGAUGAAAAAUAUAAAACUUUAAAGAAAGAACUUAGUAAACUCACUGACAUUGCUGCAAACCAAAUCCUUUUUGUAGAAAUAUUUGGCUCAAUUGUAAAGACGCUACCUCAAGAUAAUCAAAAAGUUCGAACUCUACUUGGAGGAAGUCUAUAUGCUUAUGAGUUACCUCCUCCUGCCUCAAAUAGUGACACUGAUAUUGGUUCAACAGAUUCAUCAAUUGCAAUUAUUACAGCUUCUGUCAGCACUACAACUAAUUCUACAGCAAUUCCAACAACAGCUGGGAAAGAAUGUAUUGGGUUAAGUGAAAUACAAAGGGGAUUAUCAACAAGAAGAAGUCCAUAUCACAGUGUAAACAAGAAUGGAUCAAAUUCUGGCUCACUUCCUCAAAACAAUAGUUGGGACUCCCCAUCUCAAAAUUCAGACUUUUCUUCUCAUUCCUGCCUGACUAAUGGUAAUUCUGGAAGCAGUAAUGGCCAUUCACGGAAUCCAAGUAAUGCCAGUUCUUGUAGUAGCUCACUAAGUGACAGUUUAACACGAUCUGUUGGUGAUGUUUUCAAAGGAUUUAUUAUUGCAGUUCAUAGGAAGAUGAUCCAUGUGGAUGACUAUUUCUUGUCAUCUCAGAAAGCCCAUCCAGAUCUGUUUGGUACACCUUUAAUUUUACCAUGUCAAGAAAGCACAUCUAAUCAGAAUCUUUACCAAUUUGUCUGGACUCAAGUGGCCCGCUUAGUGAGCCCACUACCACCAUCAGAAGCUAAGAUUCCGAAUCAUGCACAAGACUGUGAUGACAGUCUUGGCUAUGAAUAUCCAUUUACACUUAAAGUGGUUCAGAAAGAUGGUUUUGCCUGUGCCUGGUGUCCUUGGUACAAGUUCUGCCGAGGCUGUGUAAUUGAUUGUAAUACAAACGUAUUUAACUUUGGUAGCUCAUUUGUGGCUAUUGACUGGGAACCUACAGCUUUGCAUCUGCGAUACCAAACAAGCAAUGAGAAGUUUAUUCAAGAGCAUCGUAGUGUAGAGGAAAGUCGCAGACUACAAACAGAACCCAUUGAUCUUGACACGUGCCUUCAAGCAUUUACUAAAGAAGAAGAGCUUGGGGAAGAUGAACUCUACUGCUGCUCCAAAUGCAAUAAACACUGUUUAGCAUCAAAAAAGCUUGACAUUUGGCGAUUACCACCUAUUUUAAUUAUAAAUUUGAAGCGCUUCCAGUGUUUAAAUGGGCGCUGGGUUAAAUCUCAUAAAAUUGUCAAGUUUCCUUUCAAAGACUUUGAUCCUAGUUCUUAUAUAGCACCUCGUGCCAGACAAUACAAGAAAAUAAACACUGAUCAUAUAGAACUGACCAAUAUUAGUGAAGAAGACCAAUGCAAUCGUAAUGUAAUUAAAAAUGGUGUCACCAACCAUGAAAGUAGUAAUUUUGCUAAUGAAUCUAGUUCCCUUCCAACCAUUCCUACCAUUCAAAAAGAACCUGUUUCUAAUCAUGUAGAAAAUUGCUUACAGCCUUGCUCCAAUUCAGAUUCUGUUGAAAAUAGCAGUAGCUGCAAACGACAGCGGGUAAUGCACAGCAACAGCAAAGAAUCAUCAAUGCAAGAACUGCACCAACCAUUGACUAAUGGUGAUUCAUUUUCAAAGUACAUUGAUGUUAAAGAAAUAGAAAACCAAUCAAAAGAAAAAAACUGCUCAGCUCUAAGUCCAGACUCUGACUGUGAUGACAACAAUGUUCGCUAUGAUCUUUAUGCUGUCUCAUGUCAUACUGGCAUUCUUGGUGGUGGACACUAUGUAGCAUUUGCCAAAAAUCCUAAUAAUCGAUGGUACUGUUACAAUGACAGUAGCUGCAAGGAAGUGUUUUGGGAGCAAGUUGAUGGAAAUUCUGCCUACAUUUUGUUUUAUGAACGUCAAGGUGUCAAAUUUAGUAAAUUUAUGCCUGAUGUAUCAGAAAAGGAGCCUGAUAUACAAGAAAUUGAUGAUGAAUUUGAAUCGGAAUAUCGCAAAAUGUGUGUAAUCCAGUGAUGAAGAUUGUUUAUUUAACAUGACAUCUUUACUCUACACUUGACCCCUUCAAUAUUGCUUUACUCUACACUAGGCCAUAUCUGCUAACAGUCUAUGCAGUAUACCAAAUGUUGAACCGGUGCUAGAGCUUUGGUGCCUAGCAUCUAAAAUAGCUUACCUUCUUCAAAAAGUAAACAAAGAACUGAACAUUACUUACCCUACAAUGUUUGUCUCUAAUGUCCUGUGUAAGCCUUCUCAUUGUUUCUAGUAAUGGUCAGUAGUUCUGGACUUAAUGGAAACAGAAGAUAUUCUACAAUUUCAUUUUAUUUAUUUAAUUUGUUUUUUGUUAAAACAUAUAUUAAUUUCUUUUUCUUUUACUCAUAGCAUUAAGGAGAGUACAGAGGGCAGAGCGAUUAUUUACCCUUUUGUUCUCUUGUUUCAGUUUGGUCAUCUACUAAUCCCUUCAGAAGGAUUAGCUUCUUUCUUAAAAAAAAAAAGCUUAAAUAAACCAUUCUCUGUGCUCAUUUUUAUUAGCUCAUGUUUAAUGCAGGAGUAUGUAAAGUUGCAAUAGAAAGAUACACCAAGUGCUAUGUGUAUUUACUCUCUUCUUUCACAAGACUUUUUUUACAUUGUAAUUUAUUUGAUAUAAAACUUUUGUUUCUAUUUAAAAUUUUUGUUUUAUACAAACAUCUAUAUCUUUAACUUACAAAAUAUAUUUUCUCUUAAUUUUCAUUAAAAAAAAUCUUGUACUAUAAAUAUGAAAAUUAUUUGUAAAAUAUAUAUAUAUAUAUGUAUGUAUAUAUAUACACACACACACACACACACAGUUGUUUGUUAGUUUUAUUUGUUUUACCAUUUUUAAUUUUGGUGUAUGCAAUGGAAUGUGUGAACAUUUUUUUUUUAAUCAAUUGUGCUGCAUUUCUUUAAGAAAAUCUCCAAAGACUCGUAAUCAACAGUUUAUUAAGUAGCUUAGUUUAUUCCUAUUUGCUAACAAAAGUAAGUGUCUUAUUUAUUUAUUUUUUUUAAUAUAAACACUAUGAAUUUCUCAUUAUGAAGUUUCUACACUGCAUGUAAAUUAAUGAAAGAAAUGAUUGCACAAGGAAAAUGUUGAUAUUUAUUCUCAUAUUAUUGUAAACUAAAUUGUCAUUUGCUUUCAAUGGUGCAAUUAUGUGUUUUGGCCAUAUUUGUUUCAAAAGAACAACCAUUAUUGUUGAUACCUUUUGUCUUCAAGCAAAACCAAAAUAAUAUUUAAAAAAAAUAUGAUUUUAUUUAAUUUUCAACUGCAAUGUUAGCUCAGUAAGUUGAAUUUUGAGAUUUUAAAAUUAGAUUGAUUGCAUGUUUUGUUAGAAAUUCCUUACUACACAACUACACUCAAUUUUGACAUUGAUACAGUUACUGUUCUUUAUGAACACUUAUAUGCAUAGUUAUAUGCAUAAAAAUUAACAUAUUCUGUAUAAAUUCUGGGACUUGCCUAACCAAAUAUUUGCAAAAUUCUGUAGUAUUUUAAAAUAGGUUCUGGCAAUGAAAGAAUUAACUGUCCUGAAUAUCACAAUCUUGAUAUCUAAGAUAAAUAGCCUUUAAAAAACAUUUACAUAUAAAGAUUGCAAGUUUUACUUUUAAAUUUAAACCUUUUGAUUUUUGUGAAAGUUGUUCUUUGUGUGUGGUUUAAAAAAUAUAUAUAUUUUUUUUUUAUAUUUUUUUUACAAAAUCUUUAUUGGUUGAUUUAUUUUUACAUUUGAUCAUAGUUUUAAAAUUGUCAUCUUUCUAUGUAACUCUCCGUUGUCCACCUCAACAUCUAUAGGUCACAGUAUCCUCUCUCUUGUUGUAGAACAAAUUUCUCUAGUAAUUAAGGAAUCAACACCCAGCAUUUAUUUAUUUUUAUUCCUUCUUUCUGUCUAUCCUGAUGACAUUUUGUUUUCUUUGACAUUUAUUAGUAAAUAGAUUUUCCAUCUGUCAGUUGCCAAGCUGUUUGAUUUCACCAUUUGUUAGCCUACUUCUUGGAUUCUCUUUCACAUUUCAUCAUUUACUGCUGUUUGUUUCUUUCAUAUCCUUCAUGCUAACCAAAGUGAAAUAGUUGUUAACAGUUGCAUUUAGUGUAGAAAUAUCUGUGAAAAUAUAUUAAAAUAUCUUCUACCAACUUACUUCUACAAAUUAGUAUUUUGUUUUGUAGGAAACAAAAACCAACUACUUGAUUCUCUUUGGGAUCUAAUACAUUACUUUCCUCUCUUUACUUGAGAUGUAAAUUUGGUGUAGUGUUGCUAGAUGUUCAGUAAAAGCAAAUAUUGUAUGAGUUGGAAACUUUUCCUCAUUAAUAUAAUUUUCCAGUUUCAAUGGAUCAUCCCAUUGAAAGACAUUUAUAUAUCUAAAUUUCUUUACUCCCUGACAAAAUUGUAGUCUUCUCCGGAAAAAUUAUUUAAUUAUUAAGUAAUUUAAAAAAUUUUUAUUUGAAGUCAACAACACAAAAAAAAAAAAAAAAAUCUGUCAAAUCAAGAAAACAUUUUUACUGAAAAUUUUUGUUAAUUGAUAGAAUAAACGUUACUGAUGCUUUAAUUUUGUAUCAUGUUUUAUUACAUGAUCAUCUUAAAGAUUAGCAGAUUGUGCCUAAAAUUUGAAAUUAACAAAGAAAGUUUUUAAAAGAUCAGAUUCAAAUGAAAGUUCUUGGCUCUUUUUUUUUUUUUUUUAAUAUAACUUUCCAAAGGUUAUCUAAAUGAAAUAUAUUUUUCCUUUGGAAUAUUUGUGCUGAUUACUAAUAGCAUAUGUAAUGCUAAUAUUUCAUUUGGGUUGAUUAAAAUGUGUUGAUAUUCUUCUGCAAUUACUAGAUCACUUCAUAAUUUUAAAUGAGCAACUUGUAUUAGUAUAUUUCAGCUGUUUACCUUGCCAAUUUAAGUUCAUUCUUUCACUUUCACCCGCAUAAAAAUUGUUCUAUGUUCUCAAAAUAAUUACUUAAUCAUUGUCUAGAUUCAAAAGUGAUUUUUUUUUUGUCAGGUAUGUUUAGUUCUAAUUCCAUCAACCACCAAUUUUUAAAAUUCUCAUUAACACAUAUUGUUCUCUAUAGAAGUCUGUGACUUGGUUAUUUAAAAAUACACUAAGCAUUGAAAAACCUAAAGCAAGCAAGUGCAUCUGUUGUGACUAUAUUUAAUUUGGCACUUAUCAUAGCUAAUCUUUGCUACUCUCUUAGUUGGGAAAUCUGUCAAAGUUUUUACAAUUCCCACUUGAGUAUCUAGCUAAUUCUUGCCAAAGAUUUUACUUUAUCCUAUAUCAAUUAAGCUUGUACUUUAACAGUUCUUCUAGAACUUUGUAUUUAUGCAUAAAACUUAAAACUUUAUCUGAAAAUAGUGAAAAACAUCACAGAAAUAUUGCUGUCUAUUAAUUUGAUAGAUAAAAAAAAUUAAAAACCUGGCUAUUGACAUUUUAAAUAAUUUUUUUAUUCUUUGUAUCUUUUUAUUUAUUAUUUUUGCUAAUCUGGUAGCAUUCUGUCCCUCUUCAUUUUAUUCUUUAAUUAUUUCAAUAUUUGUCAUAAACCUCUUUAACUUAUUGUUUAAAAUUUGCAGUUGCUUCACUUUUAAUUGCCAUAUUUUAUUGUUGAGUAUUUCUGUUUUAGAUAAAUAGGGAAUUAUUUUUUUCAUUUCUUCAUAUGGAAUUAAAAAACAAGCAUUUAAAAAGAUUAUUACUUUUCAACUGUGCAGACUAUAGAUAAGAGAUUGGACUGCAGUUUCAUUUUAUACAAAAGAUAUAUAUAUAUAUUUGUACCCAUUUUUCACAUACAUUCCAGUCUACUAGGAGACAAACUAAAAUGUCAAGAAAUGUUAGCUUUCAGGAUUGCGUAUUUCAGUGAUUUUCUGAUUUGACAAUGACUAUUCUAUGUGUAUGCAUGUGUGAGUGCUUGUCUGCACAUAUGUGAGCAUGGAAAUAGUUGCCUUCCUCAUAAGGUUCAUAGUAUGGUAUGAAAAGAACAGAUUUUUGUUUCAUUCUGUGAUGCCUUCCCUAUAUUAACUUAGACUAGUUAUAUUAGUCUUUGAAAUUAUGGACUUUGUGGUAAACAGAGUAGUUGGCACAAUUUUCAUUGAAUCAAAUAUUUGUUCAGUAAAAUUUCUUUUAAAAUUUUCUUUGUAUUAUUAUUUCAUUUUUUCAAAAAUCGUUUAAUGUUUUGUUUUGGGCUGUUUCCCAAAUGGAUGCAAUCAUUAGUUUGCUUGUCAAGUUAUUACAAAAUCUUCAUAAGCUUCAAUAGGACUUCCUAAAUAAUUAUUAUAAAGUUUUUACAAUAUUUCUUCUUUGUCCCUCCUCAUCCUUUUAUUUUUCAGUUUUUUUUUCUAUUUCAAUAUAUUUUUCACAUAUGAAGACAUUCCACUUAAGUAGUUUUGCCAUUUAUUUUAGGCUAAGCAAGUUAUUCGUAUUGGUUGAGUCCCCCACAUGGAAAUCUAAUAUGAAUUUAAGACAGUUGAUGUUUAUCUGCAUAAAUUUGGCACUAGUUUAAAACUCCCUCUGUGAUUAACUUUGUUAUCAAGCAGACAUUUCAUUGAAGUAGAUUAUAUAAUAUAUAUAUGUGUGUAUAUAGAUGUGUUUGCAUGUGUACAUACAUGUGUGUGUAAUAUAUGCAUAGAUAUGUGUGCUUAUAUAUUUUAUAUAUAUUACACAUCCACUCAUGCCAGCAUGGAAAAUGGAUGUUAAAUGAUGAACUUGUAUGUGUUGUUUGAAACACUGUAAGCUGCAGUAAAACCACACAUCCAAGUUAAGUUGGAUGUGCAAAUUAAUAUUCUUAACAAAGACUGCUUCCAUUGCUAAUAGUUGAUAAAUGUGAGUGUGUGUGUGUGUGUGUGUGUGUAGUUAGAUCUGCAUGGUUAUGGUAAAAACACUUAGUUAGCCUCUAGCAUAGACAAGGCGGUAUAGAUAACACAAAAGGAGAAUAAUCAAGUUUAUUAAUCAGUGUAUCCAGUACACUGCGUCCCAUAUCGAAAUUAGAAAUUCUGAUCAGAUGACAGCUACUAUAGAGCUCCAUUAUCAAAUAACAAAGGUUGCUUAUUAAAUAAUAAAUAAGUCUAUGAAUAAACAGAAUGGAAUUGGUAGUUAUGUACUACUACACAUUUCAGAAGGAACAUUUCAAAAUGCAUCUUGUGUAACUAUAAGGUACUACGUAAUUAUUCAGUAUUCCUUCCCAUCAGGUACUUGCUAUAUGUCAGAAAUCAUUUUGCUGUAACGAAUUUGCAUGGGUUUGGUGCUCCUUUAGAAAAACCUGUAGUACAUAAUUACCUAUUCCUUUCAAUGGCCCAGUGACUGACACUCAGUAGGAUGUUAUUUGCUCUUGAAAUUCAUAUAAAGAAAUUCUCACAUUUAUUUACGCUGUCCCUUUUAGGAAAUUCAGAAUUAUCAAAUUGGGUGAGGAAAUUGCAACUUUAAGAAAGUUUUAGCAACAAAACAGUUAUAUUUACUGAGAUUAGUAAAUAAAGUUUUGUAGAUAAACUAAAUUUUGAGUCAGAGUUUUAUCCUAUGAUUUGAUCAUAACAGUUCGGUUAUUUGUCACAGAUUAUUAAGAAGGAUUUAUAGUAUUUUUUUCUUUUUAUAUAUGUUGGGGGUUAACCCAUAGCUCUAGAAUCAGAUUAGUAUCUUUCUUUUUGUUGCCUAAAAUUUUCACUGGUUUUCUCAAAAUGAAGUAUUUUUUCAAUUUAUAUCCAUUUUCCACUUACAAUCAUAUCUUAGUGUAUCCAUCCAAAAAAUAUAAGCAAGAUUAUAAACUGUUGUCCAUUAUUAGUAUGAAUAGAUGGUUUUGUAAAAGAAAAAAAUCAGUUUUGAUCAAUUUAGUGUUCAGAUGAAAAUUGUGAAAUAUCUUGAAAUAGAAGAAAUGACGUUACUGUCUCUUGGCUUUAUACAACUUUUGGACAUUUACCUACUAUGGUUCAUUCAAAACUUAUAUUUUGUUGAAUUUCUUUUUCAACUAUAUCCCACCUCAAUAUUGUCAGUUAUUAUCUAUAUUAAAAAAAAAGUUGCUCUAUAUAAAGAGAGUUUGAGUUGAAAAGUGAUAAUAUGGCAGUUAGGAAUUGAAUAUACAACAGAGGAACCAAACACAGCCAACAUGGUUCAGUUUUGAUAUCUCUAAAACUGACUGUUGUGAGGGCAUUAGUGGAAAUCACUUUCAAAAUAGUCAACAACUUUACAAUAGAAACUUUUGAACUCAUUAAUAAUGUUAGUUCUUAUUGUCUUUUGUUUUGGUUGUAUAGUUUUAUAUUUUGAAUCUGUUAUAAAGAUUUCAUUGUUCUGCUUAGAAUUUGUUUGUUAUAUGAGUUGUAAAUCCUCUUUUUAACAAGAGAGAACUGAAUUUAUAUUUGAAAUUGAAAGAAAAUUACUGGAGAAAAUAAAUUGGUGUAUUUCAGUAAAUUGCUUAAACUUGAAUGAAAUUUAAAUAGACCAAGAGUCACUUUUAAAAAAAUAAAAUCAUCCUGAUAGCAAUUCCAUUCUUGUUGCUGGCAAAUAUGAACAUUUUCCUUUUUUUUUCUUUUUUUUUCCAGAUGAAAGAUUUUCCAUUCCUCUUUGAACCUGGCUUUGUAAAUAUGUACAUUUUAUUCUCAAAACAUUAUCAGUAAACAGGGAAUCAGAGUAAGUUGGAAAAAUACCUGUUAUGUUCCCUUAUUCCAUUGAGUAACCCUUUACAAAAUUCAUUGAAGACUAUCUAAACGAGUUUACAGACUUGUGCGUCUAAGUACAGUAGCAUCAACAAGGGUUAUUGUUGUGAUAGCAUCAGUGUGCAAUUACUUUACAAUAUGUGAUUUAAAAAAAAAAUAUAACUUUGUGUUAUUGUCAAAUCUUGAGAUUUUAUUAAUUGUUUUUUGUUUGUUUUUAUUUUUAAGAUGAUUGAGAAGGGAAUGUUAAGUGUGUAUAUGCAAAUGUGUGUGCAAGAAAAAGUGAUGGAAAGAAUAUAUGGUUCUAUUGAUUGAAUAAACAACUCAAAACACCUCAAAUAUCAA